GCCUACCCGGCCUCUUUACAACGUGCUGGGGCUGUCACACUUGCUUCCUGAGUCCUGACCCUAGGGGAGAUGAUGGCGGCGGCGGCGGGGCUCGGGCUGCGUCGGGGGGCGGUGCUCGCCUCUAGCCCGGGGCAGCUGCGGGCCGGCGUGUGGGGCCGGCUGCUCCCCUUGGCCGCCGGGCCGCGGCGACACGCGGCGCAUUUCACGUUCCAGCCUGACGCGGAGCCCAGCGCGCACGGAGAAACCCAGAAAAUGAAUCUUUUCCAGUCCAUAACUAGUGCCUUGGAUAAUACCUUGUCCAGAGAUCCAACUGCAGUAAUAUUUGGCGAAGAUGUAGCCUUUGGUGGAGUCUUCAGGUGCACUGUUGGGUUGCGAGACAAAUAUGGUAAAGACAGAGUUUUCAAUACCCCUUUGUGUGAGCAAGGAAUUGUUGGAUUUGGUAUUGGAGUUGCAGUUGCUGGAGCUACAGCAAUUGCAGAAAUUCAAUUUGCAGACUACAUUUUUCCAGCAUUUGAUCAGAUUGUUAAUGAAGCGGCAAAAUAUCGGUAUCGCUCUGGAGAUCUUUUUAAUUGUGGAAGUCUCACUAUAAGAGCACCAUGGGGUUGCGUAGGUCAUGGUGCGCUAUAUCAUUCUCAAAGUCCAGAAGCAUUUUUUGCUCAUUGUCCAGGAAUAAAGGUUGUCAUUCCAAGAAGUCCUCUUCAGGCUAAAGGACUACUACUAUCAUGCAUAGAAGAUAAAAACCCCUGCAUAUUCUUUGAACCUAAAAUACUUUACCGAGCAGCAGUGGAACAAGUUCCUGUGGAACCAUACUACAUUCCACUGUCUCAAGCUGAGGUACUGCAGGAGGGAAGUGAUGUUACACUGGUUGCCUGGGGGACUCAGGUGCAUGUUAUUCGAGAGGUGGCAACCAUGGCUCAGGAAAAGCUAGGUGUGUCCUGCGAAGUAAUUGAUCUGAAGACCAUUUUACCUUGGGAUACAGAGGCUGUUUGCAAGAAUUGCCAACAGAAAGGUCAUGGAUAAACAAACAUGUUGGAGGUGUUUUUGAAAACAGAUUCUGCUUGGAUGGGGUGGAAGAGGCACUUAAAGAAGGUUCUCAAUAUCUGUAACUUCACUCUUGCACUUGUGGCACCUGGCCACUUGCCAAAAAGUAGCUGGCAAAGAGAUAGGUACUUCGUUAUAUUCUGAGGGAAGCUAGAAUUAAAUAUGAGGCACUGAACGCUGAAGUUAAAACUUCAGAGGGGGUGAGAAUUCAAAACAUUCAGUUGAAGUUAGAAAAUUUCAAAUGUGUUUAUGGUGUUUUGAGAAAGGCUAAAGCUUUAAUAUGAUUGGAAAUUAAAUAUAGUGAAACUUGAGUAAAACACUGUGCCCCUUCUGGCAAAUAUAUUGCAUAGAGUGUAUACUUGUGUGUCAAUUUAGAAAUAAUAAAGAAAUUUGAACUUCUCAUCUCCACUCUAAAAUCUUUUCCUACAAGGAAAAGUACAAUUUCUCGUUACAUUUUUAGAUUUUUGGGACAAUGAGAGUAAUUUUCAAGGUUUUGAGGGAGAAAAAAAAGUGUCACAUUAAAGUAUUUGGGUUUUUGUAUUUCCUCAUCUGUCGUGGAGGAUCCAGGCUUGUCAAAGGUGAUUAAUUUAAUUAAAAACAGCGUUUGAAAAGCUGGGAUGUGACAUAAGAUAGGCCCCUGCCAAUGUAAAAGUAGGAGAGUGAUUACGGUGGAGAUGAAUUUUUUUUCUUCUUGGCAAUCCCUGGCAAUUCUUUACAGCCAAAGCAAAGAAACCAAAUUCCAUUAUUUGUAAUGAAUGGGGAAAAUCUAACUCUGAGGUUAUUUCAGAAUGUAAUUAUUCCAGACUUCUACGUUUUUCCUGGUUUUUGGAGUCUUCUAAUUUUUCCUCCCUCAACUCCUAUAUUAACAUAGCCAAUGUAUAGAUUUUUUUUUUCCAGUAAACCUUUAUGCCUUAAAGUUUGCAAUUCAUAUUAAGUCUUUCCUCUCUUUUUGUAUGUACUUUGUGAGGAGAAUAGACUUUUUACUGUGGUUAUGGACAUUCUAGACUAUAGUACCUUAUCAGUUCCCCUGCUGUAAAGUGGAGCCCCCGCUGCCAUGCCGUCCAAGGCUACUAAGUCUAUGUUUAAAAAGUGGGUGGGCCUGGGUCUCUCACUUUUAAAAGUGGGGGGGGCAUGGUACCCUUGACACCCUGGGUUCAGGUCCCCCUGGAUUUCCAGUGUGUAGGGGGCCCAAAUAUUCUUUGUGCCUAGGACCCAGUAAACCUUAAUCCACCUCUGCCUCCAACAGCUUGAACACCAGCUGAACACCACCUGGGAAGUGAGACUUGUUCCCCUCCCCACUGUGUUCUUUUCCUUCCUUACCUUAUUUCUUUUCUUUCCUAUUCUCCUUUUUCCUUGUGUCUAAUCUGAGUUGGGCUUAGCCAGCUAACACUGCAUAUUUUGAAAUACUGCUGUAAGCCUGUGACCAGAAAGGUAGCUAAAAGCAAUGCCCUCAGCCCGAGGCUGGUACAAGUUUGCCAGUCUCCAAGUGGCUGAUGAGACCAUGUUCUGUUCCUGUGUUUUUCCAGCAGUGUGGUUGAAAGAAGGGUGACCGGAUGUCCUGAUUUUAUAGGGACAGUCCCGGUUUUUGGUUCUUUUUCUUAUAUAGGCUCCUAUUA